UCGCCAUGACAGUGGGCGGCAACAGCACGUACAAAGUCUAAGUCAAGUUCUCCAAGACAUGGGUUGUGCGCCGCUCGCAAGGUUUCUAUGGAGAAGACGGCGGAACGGAUGAGUCAGCAGCAUCCGAGCAAGAAGAAGAAAUGACGUCUCGUCAACGUUAAGCGCAGACGCGAAAUCCUCCGAAUCGUGAGCUUGACUAGUUGUUGGCAUCCUCGCAAUACUCAAUCAGCAGCGUCAUUGCCAUCGGCGACUAGAGUGCACAACGCUUCUCCGCAAUCGCCAAGGCGCGCAAUCUGCAGCUACUGACAUCCAACGGGAAGGUUGGCAAACACCUCAGCGACCUCAGCGACGCAGCCCCACCGUCGUCCGAGACACAUCCAAGAUGCUCACACGAAGUGCACUGUGCCCAGCGAGGGCCUUUGCCAGCCGAUUCUCGCCUGCCAUCCUCGCUCCCUCGUCAACUGCCGCCGCGACUUCCUUCUCCACAUGCACACGACCAAGCAGGCUCCGGCAACAACAACAGCGCAGCAGCCCGAUUCCUACCUCACGCACCACGUUCCCCAGCAGGCCGAUAGCACGACAUGCAUCAACUGCCCCCGCACAGCCCGUCGCCAACAACUCGCCCGGCGCACAACCCCAACUUACAUGGAACGCCUUCUUCGCCCUACGCCGCACGCGCCGGAGAAUCGGCCAGGCUUGCUCUGGAGUCGGCGCAGUAGGCGUGACAUACUUUGGUCUCACCACCAUGAUCAACAAUGGCUACGAUGCCACCCUUUCCGCCCAACUCGGUGGUUUUGACCCCUUCAUGCUCAUGGGACUGAGCACCUUGGGUAUGAUGGCCGUGGGAUGGCUUAUUGGGCCCAUUUUUGGUAACCAGGUCUUCAAUCUGGCUUACAGGGGUGUACUUGGCGAAUUCACACGGAAAGAUUCCGCCUUCUUCAACCGCAUCAAGCGCCACCGCGUCGAUCCUACCGCGUCCUCGCUGGCCAACCCGCCACCGGAUUACUACGGCGAGAAGAUUGGUAGCGUUGCUGGAUACAGGCGGUGGUUGAAGGACCAGCGUGCCUUCAACCUCAAGACGGGAAGGUACCGCGCAACCAAGGCUUUGUAGGAAGGACCUGGGCAUCUUGUUAAUCGGAUACAAGACUCCAAGUAUCAAAUCAGAAGCUCGUCUGAUGUAAGAUUGCACGAGUUGUAGGGAGAAGCAUAGUGUGAAUCAGGGAUGAACUUUGACUUCAGGAUUAUAUGGGCGGUAGGGUCUGGAGGCGCACGAGUGAGUACUGCUUACGUACUCCUCUGUUUUUCACAAGUGUCAAAAUAUCUGGGCGACGAUCCUAGCUUCGUACAUUCGCAUCUCAACCCACGCCGUGUUUCCAAUUGUUCUUGAAGAGAAACGAACGACAAAACAUACAUGUAUUUAUAUGUACAUCUCUGAUAUUUGGAUGAAUCACAUCUCCAUCUUGCGAGUUCACAC